UUUACAAAGCAAACCACAGCUGCACUUCCUAUCUGUCACCAAUCUACCUUCACAUUUCUUCUCUAACCAUGCAGCUAAAUUCCCAUACGAGCAGACUGGUUGUUCUCCUUUUAACUGCUUUUCUUCCAGGUCUCCGCCUGCAGAGAAAUGGCAGCUCUACGGCUCAUUUCUACAGGCCUGUUCUUCAACACAUCGAAACCGUUCCCACACCUGGAAGCUACAUGCUGAGAGAUUAUGCUGGGCAGCCGUGCAUUAAAGCCAACCUGGGAGCAGAGUAUGUUGUUAUCGAAAACAAGACAAACUGGUAUUUCAGCCUUGAUCCUUCCAGGGUUAUGCUGAGCGGUGAAUGCAGCAAAGAUGAAGCUCUUCUCUCCCUCAUGCUGCUGGAUAAUUCUGCACAUCUGGAGUUCACUUUCAGAAAAGAUGAAGAUAAUUUCUACGUCACCAAACUGGCGGCUGGAUUGUUCCCUCUACCUGUUUGCAAAGGAUGCCCCAAUAAAACAUAUUCUGGGUUUCUAUCUAACCAGACGCUUUUCAAAGCAGCAAAUGACAAAAGCUUCAAGUGUACGUCAGAGUCGCUCCUGUCGGUUUCCUCUGAGCUGCGGAUCAAGUUGGUUCGUCUGCAGAUGCAGGCCUUUGGUGUCCCCGAUGGGCAGUUCAGAGAAGAGGAUGAGUGCUGGGCUGAUUUUAACCACAGAGCGGUUCCCAUCAUCAUCGGGUCCAUAGCAACCGGAGUCCUCCUCGGCAUCGUGCUGAGCUUCCUGAUCAUCAGAGAUCGCCACACACCAGGAUAUGAGAGACUCUGAACUUAAUGUUUCAUUUUUUUAAACUCUCUAAACGUCUAAAAUUUACAGUUUACAGUUUUAUAUCAAUGUUUAUGUUUCUGUCUUUUUAACAAGCAUUUUUAUUUAUCAUUGUUGCUCAAUUUCAGUGUUAAAGUAUGGAGAUAUUGCUUCAUGUAAAGCACAUUAUUGCAUUUUUUUUUUCAACUCACAUUUCGAAUAAAAGGAAAAUUUCUAUAAGAACAUUAAAAUGAAAGCCAAAUUCACUUCUGGAACUUACUCUGUAAAUAGACAUUAAAGUACAAAGAAAUAUCAAUAGUAACUUUUGUUAUUCCUCUUUGGAACUCCAUUA